GUGGCCAUUAACCUGAUCGUGCAGCACAUCCAGGACAUCCUGAACGGAGACAUCUGUAAGUGGCAGCGGGGGUCCGCCAACGGGCGGCUGCAAAAGAGAAGUUUCCCUGAAACGGGGGAAUCGGGAGGCGUUUUGGUCCCCGGUAAGCGCACUCACCUGGAGUCCAGCAGCCGGCCGCACUGAUCCCCCCCCCCCUAGGUUUUCUUACUUUGGUACAAUCCGGCGUCUUACCUCAUCACCCACAUACAGGGGGGAGGUGCUGGGACACACUGGAGCCGCCAUGCUGGAUUGGUAUUAAUAUUUUUGAGGCUUUUCCCAUGUGUGGGAGCAGAACCCUCCAUUCUUACUGUGAAGAAGAGACAUUGAUCACCAUUGUGAUUGUACUGGGGGCACUCCGACAGCUUGUGUGGCGUCCUGAACUUAUCGAUGUGUCGGUAAAUAUUACGUGAAGAUCUGUGAAAUGCCCCCGAUCACUCAUGCUGCCCACCCUUCAUCCAUGUAAUCUUGGGGGGGGGGUAUAAGUCUCAGCGCUCAUGACGCUUCUCCAAUACAGCAGAUAUAUUGACGCUAAAUAAUGGCAUGAAAUGAAGAAGAAGAAACAUUGUAAUAUAUUUACAUAUAAAAGAGGUCAGGUGACCGCGACGACCAAUCACUGCUGCAGAAUGCACUAUGGAUGAAGAGUCUGACAGUGAUUGGCUGGAGCGGUCAUGUGACUGUUCACACUGCUCAGUAGAGGUGUCACAUACCCGACAGUACAGGACGUAUUCUCUAUCCACAGACGUUUUGGAUCACGGGGGGGGGGUCCGAGCGCUGUGGCCCC